AUGACGCCCAAGUUGGCUCCCUACAAAGAUGAAGGUUUUGAUCCGCAUACCUACACCGGCGGCCGGUGGCUUCGUCACGAUAAGCUGGAGAGGGACUCGCGCUACAUCAAAUUCAAUUUCAGCGCCCUUUGCCCGAGGGUUCUUGAGCUAUGUCCUGGAGCUGAGUCGAUCACAAGCUACCAGAAGACGGAAGGAGGCUUCAACAGGGUCUUUAUUUUCACCCUGAGUAAUGCCAAACGGGUCGUGGCUAGGCUUCCAUUCACUCUGGCGGGCCCGUCGAAAUUAGCCACGACCUCUGAAGUUGCCACGAUCAAGUAUCGCAACGCAUCAAAAUUGAUAACCAACUCGUUCAUAGUGCAAGCAAAGACCAGUAUCCCUAUACCGCCAAUCCUCGACUGGAGCAAUGAUUCUACAAAUUCCAUUGGUAGCGAAUAUAUUAUCAUGGAACAUGCCGCUGGUGUUCAGUUACACAAACAAAUGAUUCUCAAGUCCAGUCUGGUGCUACUCCAAUGCUCUGUUCCCACCCCUGAUCUACAUAAACGGAACAUAUUUGUGUCGGAAGAUGACCCUUCUAUUGUGACCGGUAUUAUUGAUUGGCAAUCGACCAGCAUCGAGCCGGCUUUCUGCUACAGGACAUGGAAGGACGGCGCCGUGGCUCUUACCCACGAGCUAAUUGAAACUUCCCGAAGUUGGAAGGAGUUAGGACUUGCAGGUUCCAGCCCAUACCCUCUACCUACACAAAAAGAACUACCGGAUCACGAGAGAGAGUACAGGCUUUUUGUAGCAGCCCAGAAUUUGAAACGCGAUCUGUCUAGCCUUCUCAACACCGCAUCCGAUGGAUGGGUUCCUCUAGAGGAUUGGGAAGAAACUAAAUCAGGCCACCGGGAAGAUUUUGACAGUGUGUUGAAUGCUGUAUUGACGAAUGACGACUCAGACUAUGACGGGCCAGUAAAAGACGAAAAGGUCUUAAGAUCAAUCUGGCCAUUUGAUCUUAAUACUUAA